AUGUUCAUCAAAUGUGGUGACAUUUCAAAUGCUGAAAAACUAUUUGAUAUGUUGGAACAUGUUGUAAUCGAUUAUGGACAAAUGAUGAAAUGUUAUAACGAUCAUCGAUUGCCAAUGAAAACUAUUGAUUUGUAUGAAAAGAUGAAAAAAGAAGGCAUUCAACCAGACAAAAUCAUUUUUGUUCUUCUAAUCGAUGCAUGUGCUCAAAUUGGGAUUGAGUCACGCUGUCGAACAAUUGUAAAACAAAUUCCAUCUUCAAUGUUCAAUGAUCUUCAGUUUCAAACAACUUUAAUCCAUAUGUGGGGUAAAGUAGGAUUUGUAAAGAAAGCAGAACAAAUCUUCAAACAGAUUGAUCAACCGGAUCCUGUAGCAUAUACGGCUAUGAUUAAUUCAUAUGGUUUAAAUGGAUUGGGUCAUAAAGCAAUUGAACUUUAUUAUCGAAUGCCAGUGGAAAUGAUCGUUGAAAAAACUCAUGUUUGUGUGUUAAAUGCCUGUUCGCAUUCAGGUCUUGUUGAUGAAGCUCGUUUCAUUUUUUCAACGAUUAGUAUGACAAAUAAAUGGGUUUAUACAGCAAUGGUCGAUUGUUUGAGUCGUUUAUUUCUUUUCGAUGAAGCCAAAGAAUUGAUUGAAGAAUUCGAACGUCAUCAACCUCCUUGUCUACCUAUGUAUAUGUCAUUGUUAUCGGGUGUUCGUAAUCAAAACGAUGUUUCUCUUGCGCGACAAAUAACUCAACGAAUACAGAAGUUAUUUCAUGCUUUGGACAAAGAUUUGAUAUCAGCUUCAGUUCUUCUCACUAAUGUAUUAGCGGCAUCGGGAAACUUAGAUGAAGCAUCACAAAUGAGAUGGAAUCUGAGUCGAUCUGGUGCAAAAAAACAAAUGGGAUUAUCUUGGACUGAGAUCAACGAUGAACUUGUGCAAUUUCGUGCUCAAGAUCGAUCUCAUCCACGGACGAAAGAAAUUUAUGAUGAACUUGGUCGAAUCGAAAGUGAACUCAUUGAACAUGGUCAUAAGUUUGAUUCAAGCUGGAUAACACGUCCAAUGAUGCCUGAUGAAACUGUUGAAUCGAUUCUUAAUAGUCACAGUGAAAGAUUGGCAUUAGCAUAUAAUUUCAUUCAACAGCCAAUUCCAUCACGAAUCCAAAUAGUGAAGAAUCUUCGUAUUUGUGAUGAUUGUCAUAAUGCAAUCAAACUGAUUAGUCAAAUUCGUAAUUGUCAGAUCAUUGUACGCGACGCUAAUCGCAUUCACCAUUUUGCAGAUGGAAAAUGUUCAUGUAACGAUCAUUUUUAA